CCACGUGGUGAUAUAGGUAAAAUUGAUUUUGUGCUGGAGUAUUUGGCAGUAUUUGGAAUUGAUAUUAUCAUAGUAAAAAGUGGAUAUAUAUAAGAGUAAAAAGAAGAUUUUUCAUAAGUUUAAAACUGGAAAACACUCCACGUUGAAAUUAGAUUGAUGUUGUUUCCAUCGGUUACUGGAUUUGCGCCCUCAAUCUCUCUUUGAGAUUCAGUCAAAGAUGAAGCGAUCAGCAGAGAAUUUGGACGCUGAUGACCUGAAAGCAGAAAGUAAUAUUGAUGCAGAAAAUAAUAAAAAGAGAAAGAAAGUGACAUUUGAAAAAUCUCUGGAUAAUAAAUUUACAGAUAAAAAUGUAAAACUGUCUUUAACAAAGAAUUCAAAAAGAAAGAAUACAAAAGUAGCAAAAGUGGGGAAGGAUAAUGCAAUUGAGAAAAUAAAGUUGCUCAAAUUGAAAAAGGAAAGAAAACAGCUUGGACAAAAAUCUGAAGACCAGAAGAACUUAGAAAAAGAAAAUCUGAAAAAAUUGAAAAAUAAUAAGACCAUCAAGAAAACCGAUUGGCUUCAACUGAAGAAGGAGAAAAAGGAACUUAGAGAGAAACGGAAAGCUAAAAGAUUAAAUAAUGAUGCAGUAUAUGACAAAAUCAUUCGAGCUAAGCAGAUCAAUGAGAAGUUGCGUAGAUCUGAUUGCAAGUCUGUCGAUCGUGUAACAUUAACUCAGACGUUGCACAAUAUGCUGAAAAACCAUUACAACAAAGUGAUAUUUACACACGAUAUGUCCAGAGUAGUUCAGUGUAUCAUCAAAAAUUGCGAGGCACAUGUUCUGCAAGCUAUAUCUCAAGAGAUAAAGCCAUUCAUCGUGGAGAUGUUACAGUCUAAAUACGCGAAAAAUUGCGUAAAAGCCAUUUUAAAGCGUGGCUCGCAAGAAAUCAGGCGUGGGAUUAUUUCUGAAUUUUACGGCAAUAUUAUCAAAUUAAUGAGUCACAAUGUAUCAGCUCCUCUUGUAGAACUCACGUACUCUACUUGGUGUACAAGUCUCGAGAAGCUACAGUUUAAGCAAGAAUUUUAUGGGGACAUGUAUAAACUGGAAAAAGACAAAAAUGUUAAAUCAUUGUCGGACAUAUUUAAAACUGCGAUAGAUAUGAAACUGGCUACACUAUCUGCCGUAAAAGCAAAUCUAAUUAGAAUUUUAAACAAAGGUUUUGUUAAUUCUACUCUGCUGCAAACAAUUCUAUGGGAAUUCCUCUGCAUAUGUUCGAUGGAAGAUAGGAAUGAGGUAAUAGUUAUGCUGCGAUCUUACAUUAUAACUCUGUCCCAAACGAAAAUGGGCGCGAGAGUUGCUAUGCAAUGUAUAUGGCAUAGUACUAGCAAAGAUAGGAAAAUUAUUAUGAAAGCCCUCAAGGGAAAUGUAAAGGCGAUUUGUAUGUCCAAAUACGGUCACGUGACAUUAUUGGCGCUCUUUGACUCCGUAGAUGACACCGUUCUUAUGCAGAAGAUAAUAUUGUCCGAAAUACAAGAGGAUCUAAUUAACAUUGCGCUGAAUGAGUAUGGGAAACAUGUCAUAUUAUAUCUCGUGGCCAGGAGAAAACCUCUUUAUUUUUCGCCAGUUGUAGUAGAAUAUUUACGCCAAGGUGAUAACAAUUCCACUAGUAAGAAGUCAGCCGAUAUUAGGGAAAAGGAACUUCUUGAAGCAAUUUGCGGUCCGCUUUUUGACGCUAUAAUCGCGAAUACAGCAACAUGGUUAUGCAACAGUAGCAUAGCUAUGACUACCUUGGCGAUAUUAAAAGUGGGAUCGGGAGAGAAAUUGAAUUUUGCGUAUGAAUCGAUUGCUAAGUUUAUUAGCAGUGCAGAUUCAAAAAUCAAGGAUAAUGAUACCGAGUACGAUGUGGUUGAACAUCCUGGAUUACACAUAAUGUUGAAGAAACUUAUUCAGUAUGACAAAGAAUUGCUGAAAAAGAACGAAUCUACAUUUGGAGAAAUAUUAAUAUCACACCUAACGCCAAAAGUACUAGAAAAAUGGAUAAAAUUUAAUAGAGCUUGUUUCUUAUUAAUUCUUCUCAUAGAGAAUGAAAUUGCUAUAAAUACAUUACUAGUUAAAUUAAAACCUUUAACAGAAAAUCUCAAGAACAAACGCAGCGCUGGAGCAUCGAUAUUGUUAAAAAAAUUGACAGAAAAUAAAUCUCGCAGUCUUCAUCAGUUCAUAAUCCUUUUAAUGUUUAAUUAUGAACUAAUGGAGACUACGUUAUGAAAAAAUAAAGAAUGAUCCUGCAAAGUGGGCUGCACAACAAGAAAAGAAAAUAUUUAAAUAUUUAAAUGAAAAGGCAAAAGGAAUCAGGAAAUGUAUUACAGAGAUGACACCUCAGCAACAGAAAAUAACUCGAAGAUGGAGAACUAAUUCAGCUUCGUAUUAUAAAAGGAAAAAAGAAAGAGUAAAAUAUCUAAAAAGAAAAUUAGUAACAACAAACACUAAAAAAGAAAAAAACAUGUCGUGUACAAGUGAUGAAAUGCCUGUGCAUCAUAGGCAUCAAUUAAUAAAACAAAAUUAACGCCUAGACCUAGUUUGAUGCGAGUAAACUAUAAAGCGAUGAAAAAAAACAGUAAUACAGAAAUGAAGGGAAAGGAUGCUAAAGAGGAAAGUAUAAGAAGAGAGACAUCUACAUUUUUAGAUCAACAAUUGUUCUUUCCAUGGAUGUAAGGAAAUAAGAUAAAACUGAUAUAUCGUUUUUUAU